AGUGUUUGAUCCAGUCCAAUUAGAAAAUCACGUGCCAAGAUCUGGAAUAACCUAAGCCCAUUUCCUCCAUCUCUCUGAUCUCAUCUCUCAGCCAGACGGUCGUACGCUACAUUGCUCUCUCCAUUUCCAUCUCCUUAGACCGGACGUAUUCUACACCACGCGGUUUGUCUAAUACCCUGAGAUGCCGCCACGACAGAAGCACACUAGAGGUGGAGGUGCCGGCUCUAGCCGAGGCAACACUGGCUGGUACCAACCGAGGUUCCCGCAACUGCGGGACGAGCUGAAGUAUACGGAGCUGCUGCAGAAGGACAUGGGCACAUUUUACUUUCCGGAUGAGGACUCACUCACGGCAGCUAGAGUGAGAGAUGAGGUGAUGUACCUCCUGAGACGGGGGUGGUGGAGGCACAUGUUUUUUGGGAUCCGUGACUUGACCUAUAGAGAGAUUACCUGUGAGGUGCUGGCGACGUUCAAAAUGCCGAAGACCAUACCUAUUGAUGACAACACUCGGCCUGUCAUCAGAUUCAGAGCUUUUGAGGAGGACCAUGGCUGGUAUGCUGUAUAACUUGGGCUUCACGGGGAUCGAGGACAACGGCCAGCACGAGGUCGUCUUGACAGACUUUCCACCAGGCGUCGACCGCCAGGCAUUUUGGGAGUCGAUCACGAGAGAUGGCGGGACAUACAGGCCGAAGAUGUCCCCUAGCACCCUACUUUACCCCCGCCAGUACCGCAUUAUUCACGCCCUUCUGUCUUCCACCAUCACCGGCAAGGCCGAGGUUGCCGGUAAGGUCACGCAGACUGACCUCUUCUGCUUGUAUUGUAUGAUCCACAACCGCAGGCCCCACAUGGGCUAUCUCCUCGCCAAGCUACUUCACCGCCAGGCCACGAACCAUAUCAAGGCCAUCUUUGCUGGCCCAUUCAUUACGAGGAUGUUGACGAGGAUGGGGUUCGGGGACCGAUUUCUGAGGAUGGAGGAGAGCUCCAGUUUUGUUGCUUUGACCCGGCUCCCCGAGGUCAACACUGGCGUGGCGAGGAGGAGGACGCAGCCGACAGCAGCAGCAGCAGGAGGAGGAGGCCAGCGAGCUGAGGAUGAUGAUGAUGAUGAUGUGGAUAUGGAGGCGGCUGCUCACGAGA